AUGACAAAAACUACAGCAGCCGAUGAAAUAUUCUCCGACGAAUCAAGUUUCUACGGCGACGACGAUGAAAAGGCCCAACUAGAAGCCCAAGUCUCAUCCUACGAUCCAGAGCCAUUCUGGGUAGAAACCCACCAGAAGCAACUAUCAACCAUCCAGCAGCAACUGCGCGCACCCCCGCCACGCGCAAAGAGGGCAUCAUCAGACGUGUCUAUGGAAGAUGCAUCCCCAGAACCAUCCAGCACACCGCGCAACCAGCGCGGGAAGACCGAGCCCAUAGCUCGAUUCUUAUCGCGUCUUCCACCCUCAACAACAGAAUCCACAAGCGUAGGCCCCUGGAUCUGGAUGUUCAAUCCGCAUGUGUCGCCGUCGCGGCGAAGUGGGGAUGUUCCCACUCUGCUCCGCAAAGGUAGGGAGCUUCUCCAGGAGUUCGAGAAUGAGAGUGCGAUGCUGCGUGAAGCACAUGAUAAGUCUGGUGCGAAGACUACGGCUGCUUUGACUCGUAAGCUGAAUCCGAUGCGGAAGGAGCUUGAGAAGGGGAUUCUUGAUCUGGCGAGGGAGACGGGUGUUACGGAUGGGAAGUGGAUGCUUUUUCCGACUGUUGAUCGGGUUGAUGAGUUCUGGGAGAUUGUUGUUAGGGCUAUGGAGAAGGGAGAGCUUGGGGAUGCGGCGAAAGUUGCUACUGAUGAUGGGUCUGGGUCUGGACAGAGUCGGUUAAUAUGUGUUUACACGCCUGAUUUUGGGGAUGUUGAGGAUGUUAAGCGGGUUGUGAGUCGGUUGGUUGAUAUCGGGCUUGUUGGGAAGGGGCCUCGCGGUGUUUAUUACAAGUCUGAUGCGUUUACUCAUCUGGAGAUCAACUCUAAGAAUGAGUAUGGGCUGAAGGCGAGUAUGUAUUCGAGUCGGGAGAUGCUUGAGGGGAAGUAG